GUGAUGUUUGAAUUAAAAACUUUUCUCCUGAGAUCACUGUGCGUCCUACUGGUAUUAUGUCACGCUUAUCAUCAACUUUUAUCAGCAGAAUAUUUACCCACACGCUGGCAGUACCGAUGAAAAAGGCUUUCAGUUGAUUUUAGUUCGUGAAUAAGUAACAUAGUGCUAACAAAAUGAUUCGACAACAAGUGAUAGUUAUAAGUUUGGCGAUCGUUUGUUCCUUCGCGUUUGUCGCCGGUAAGGAUUCGCGCGAGAGUUCCCCGCAGGGAAAUGGAGACAAUCAGGAAACAGGACCGGGGAGUCCGGUGUUACAGUUGCUAUCGCAGAUGAUGAACCCGAACGCCAAAAGCGCCAGCCUGAAGGAGCUUCAAAAGAAGGUCGAGUCGGACAGGACGCACAUCCAAAAGAUCCCUCCGAGGAAUAGGGAGAAGCAGGAACUCGAGGAGAAGAAGAAGGAACUUGAAGAGAAAGAGCGGGAGUUGGAGGAAAAUUUCGUCGUGUCACCCGACUUCGAUAAAUAUGCUUACAAGAGCCCGAAACGGUCGUCUGUGACAUACAGCAUUGACGCAACAUGCCAACUGGCGACAUGCUACGAGGACGGAAGACCCUUCCUCAGAAUUCACAACUACUGCUACAAAGGUAUCAGCGAUCUCCAAGCUGCCUGCGAGGAGCGCUACCUAUCGGCUAGAAAUCGGAGAGCUGGCAAGGAGAUGUCGGCACCAAGUUCAACACAGAUCCCAACACAUAGUAGAGAAAGCUGCUCUAUCAUUAAUGAAACGUGGAAAGAUAACUGCAACACAUGCGUCUGUUUGGUGGUGCUUAUACCCGCCUGCACGCGUAUGAAGUGCCCCGAAGAAGUGCAUCCGAAUAUCCCAUCCUCCCAAGGCUUCCAACCAAAUGGCCAAAAACCAAACACGAUGUACAAUAAUCAAAAGCCGGAAGGUUUGCUCCCUAUGCAAAAUGGCUCUAAAGAUGAGCAACCUGCCAAGCACAUAAAAAACGUUUAACAGAUACCGUUCAAUGCACGUUACCAAGGAGGAAGCAUCUACCAAGCAACUAUCCUCAGACUUUAAUGUAGAGGUGUUCAGGGUCUCUGUAUUUACCUUUUAGCCAUUGUGUUCGCUUCAAGGUUGAGCGGAAAUGUUAUAACAUCAAACUCUCCAUGAGCAACCGACAAAGAAAAGAGAAGAAAAGUAGGAUAUUUAAUUGUUUUAUUUGAUUUCACAAUGGUCGCGAUUUUUAUGGAUUUUAAUAUGCCCUAUUAACCUAAAAAUUACCAAAUAUAGGUAAAUCUAACCUUAAUUAAAACCUAGAAACCUGUUUUUUCUAGUUGACCUAGAAAUUUGCAUUCAUGAGUAAAAAAGACGCCGCUCUUAGGUGAUACACAAGAUGGAUUUAGAUUGGAUGUCAAUGAAUACGGAUUAGACACGCUUACUUUUAUAAAAUUUUCCCUGAUGAUUUGGAUUAGAUUGUAAAUACAGCGUAAGUGCUGCGUACCUUGCAGACGAAAGACUCAGUUUAUCAUUGUAGAUACUUUUCACUGUUAAUUUAUUUAUAUACCUAUAAGAUGAACAAAUGUACUUUAACUUUAGUGUUAACAGUCAUUUUUUAUAGAGACAGAGAAUAUGAUUCUGAUUAUUUUUCCAAACUUUCAAAAUUAAAAGCAGAAUGUUUUGUAUGCCAUUGCCUGGUGAAUAAUUCUUGUCAUAGCUGAGAAAAGAGUUCUUCAGCGGGAAUAAAAUGCGAUGACCUACAGACGCUAACAAGCAAUUUUCAGUAAUUAGUAUCGUAAACGGAAUAUUUGAAUAUCUGAAAAUCAGACAACAUGAAGAAGUGUAUCUAUGUACCCAAUAUCCAUUUUACAAGUAAAUAUAUACUGCAUGAUAUGAGCUCUUUAUAA